UUCAUCCAGAGGUCCCGAGCCGCUGCUGCUACGGCUGCUGCCACAGCUGCUGCGGCCGCUGCCACCGCUGAGGCCUCAGGUCAUGUCGCUGGGGGUAUGUAGUACCUGUUAUGCCCAGCUUCUCCUACAACUGAACCUUUCCCCUUCUGGGUGGAUGGAAGCGUCUCCCUCCUCCCUCUCCCUCCACACACAGAUGCUCUCCCCCUUCCUCCCUUUCCCACCUUGCCUUCCUCCCUCCCCUUCUUCCUGGUGCCCGGCUGGGAAACAAAAGUUAAUUGGUUGUAACCUGAACGGUGGAAAGAGACCUUGGCCCACCACACAGCAACGCAUCUGCGGCAGUGGCAGCAGCUGUUUGACCGUGACCUUGGCGCUGGGGACGGGUGCUGCAUUGAAGGCCCCCGGAGACUACAGUGCUCCAAUAUUCCAGGGAGAAGGGUCCCCAGCUGCUGAGAGGCUCCGUUACAUCCUGGGGGACGAAGAUGGCAUUCCCACCCCAACCCUCUUCACAGAGAUGGAUACCCUGCAACAUGACGGGGAGGAGAUGGAGUGGAAAGAGUCGGCCAGGUGGGUAAAGUUUGAAGAGAAGGUUGAAGAAGGAGGUGAGAGAUGGAGUAAGCCCCAUGUGUCGACGUUAUCUCUGCAUAGCUUGUUUGAACUCCGAACCUGCCUCCAGACCGGUACUGUGCUUCUGGAUUUAGAUGGCUGCUCCUUACCACAGAUCAUAGAUGAUGUUGUCGAGAAGCAAAUAGAAGAUGGACUCCUGAAGCCAGAGUUAAGAGAGAGAGUCUGCUACGUCCUCUUGAGAAAACAUCGACAUCAGACCAAGAAACCCAUCCACCGCUCGCUGGCGGACAUUGGAAAAUCUGUCUCAUCCCCCUCCAACAGGGGCCCGGCCCGGAGCCCUACAGCAGUUGGCCCCAACUUGCACCACUCCACUGAGGACCUGCGGACCAGGCAGAAUGCCAGCUACGGACGGCUGUGUCACGCCCAGAGCCGGAGCAUGAAUGAUAUUUCAGGCACCCCAAACCCAAAUCAGCUGAAAAACAAAUUCAUGAAGAAGAUUCCCAAGGACUCGGAAGCUUCCAACGUGUUGGUGGGAGAGGUCGACUUCUUGGACCAACCUUUUGUUGCUUUUGUGCGUCUCAUCCAGUCCACCAUGCUGGGAGGUGUGACCGAGGUGCCUGUGCCCACUAGAUUCCUGUUCAUCCUACUAGGCCCUCACGGGAAAGCCAAGUCCUACAAUGAAAUCGGCCGGGCCAUAGCAACCCUCAUGGUCGACGAUCUUUUUAGUGAUGUGGCCUACAAAGCCCGAAACCGAGAUGACCUGAUUGCUGGCAUUGACGAAUUCCUGGACGAGGUGAUUGUCCUUCCCCCUGGAGAGUGGGACCCAAAUAUCCGGAUCGAGCCCCCAAAGAAAGUGCCUUCUGCUGACAAGAGGAAGUCCGUAUUCUCUCUGAACGAGCUGGGACAGAUGAAUGGAUCCGUGGGAGGCGGAGCUGGGGCUGGGGCUGGAGGAGGAGGUGGGGCAGAUGGUGGUGGUGAAGAUGGCGAGAUGCCAGCUGUGCAUGAAAUUGGAGAAGAGCUCAUCUGGACAGGAAGGUUUUUCGGGGGCCUGUGCCUGGAUAUUAAGAGGAAGCUGCCCUGGUUCCCAAGUGACUUCUAUGAAGGAUUCCACAUCCAGUCCAUCUCCGCCAUCCUCUUCAUCUACCUCGGCUGUAUCACCAAUGCCAUCACCUUUGGCGGGCUUCUGGGGGAUGCCACAGACAAUUACCAGGGCGUGAUGGAGAGCUUCCUGGGCACUGCGAUGGCCGGCUCCUUGUUUUGUUUCUUUGCUGGACAGCCCCUCAUCAUUCUCAGCAGCACUGGGCCCAUUCUGAUCUUCGAAAAGCUCCUGUUCGACUUCAGCAAGAGUAACGGCAUCGACUACAUGGAGUUCCGCCUCUGGAUAGGCCUGCACUCCGCCCUGCAGUGCCUCAUCCUGGUGGCGACAGACGCCAGCUUCAUCAUCAAGUACAUCACCCGCUUCACCGAGGAAGGCUUCUCCACCCUCAUCAGCUUCAUCUUCAUCUACGAUGCCAUCAAGAAGAUGAUCAGUGCCUUCAUAUACUACCCCAUCAACAUGGACUUCAAUCCUGACCUCAUCACCACAUACAAGUGCGAAUGCGUCGCCCCCGACACAGCAAAUACAACCAUGUUCAAUGCUUCAGCCCCACUGGUGCCAAACAACACUAACAUUUCUCUGGACAAUCCCCUUAACCUGACAGCUCUGGACUGGUCCCAGCUGAGCAAGAAGGAGUGCCUGAGGUACGGAGGGAGCCUGCUGGGGAACUCCUGCCGCUUUGUCCCAGACCUGGCACUCAUGUCCUUCAUCCUCUUUUUCGGGACAUACUCCAUGACCCUGACCCUAAAGAAAUUCAAGUUCAGCCGCUAUUUCCCUACCAAGCUGCGGAAGCUCAUCAGCGACUUCUCUAUCUUCAUGUCCAUUCUGGCCUUCGUGGCCCUCGACAGUUUCUUUGGCCUCAACACUCCAAAGCUUCAGGUGCCUACGGUUUUUAAGCCCACCCGGGUGGACCGAGGCUGGUUCAUCUUCCCCUUCGGGAAGAACCCGUGGUGGAUUUACCUAGCCAGCAUCCUCCCCGCCCUGCUGGUGACCAUCCUGAUCUUCAUGGACCAGCAGAUCACAGCGGUCAUCGUUAACCGCAAGGAGAAUAAAUUGAGGAAGGCUGCAGGCUACCACCUGGACCUGUUCUGGGUGGGCAUCCUCAUGGCCGUGUGCUCCUUCAUGGGCCUGCCCUGGUACGUGGCUGCCACCGUCAUCUCCAUAGCCCACAUCGACAGCCUCAAGAUGGAGACAGAGACCAGUGCCCCCGGGGAGCAGCCGCAGUUCCUGGGGGUGAGGGAGCAGAGAGUGACAGGCAUCAUCGUCUUCAUCCUGACGGGAAUCUCGGUCUUCUUGGCUCCUGUCCUGAAGUACAUUCCCAUGCCUGUGCUCUAUGGCGUCUUUCUCUACAUGGGUGUAGCCUCUCUGAAUGGUAUCCAGUUCUGGGAGCGCUGCAAGCUCUUCCUGAUGCCCGCCAAGCACCAGCCCGACUACGCGUUCCUGCGCCACGUGCCUCUGCGCCGGAUUCACCUCUUCACCCUGGUGCAGGUCCUCUGCCUGGCCAUUCUCUGGAUCCUCAAGUCCACCGUGGCUGCCAUCAUCUUCCCUGUGAUGAUCUUGGGUCUCAUCAUUGUGCGCAAGCUGCUGGACCUGGUCUUCUCCCAGCACGACUUGGCCUGGAUUGACAACGUCAUCCCCGAGAAGGAGAAGAAGAAGGAAGACGACAAGAAGAAGAAGAGGAAAGGGGCCCCGGAUGGCGGCAGCGGCAGCGAGGAGGAAAAAGAGCUUCCAGUUGGAGUUAUUCCCUCUGAUCCCUUCCUCAGCGACUCCGAUCGAAGCAUCACCUUACACUUGAAGAUUUCCUGCCCACCUUCACCUGCCUUCAACUACUCCCGGAGCCUAGGUUUUCCAAUGCCACAAGUGAAGAUUGAGAUGGAGUCGGACUGUCAGCAUGGAGAUGGAGAGCAACAUUCCAGAGACAUCGGCAGUGAGACCACACUGUAGCUUCUAGCGUUUCAGCCUUUCCAUUCUCCAGCCCCCACCUCGAGAAUGCACUGGAUGGCUAAGGAACAAAGUCAGGCUGAGGGCCUGCUUGUCUCUUACACACACACACACACACACGCACACACACACUUUUAUUCUCCUCCAGGGGCAGAGAUAUAGAUAGAUCCUUUUGACACACUCCCCCGCCCCCCCCAUACUUCAAAGAUCCCUCUGCAAGAACUGAGCUCUUACCUUCAUUCACCUCCUUCCUGUCAAUCAAGCCCCAGCUUCCCCACCCACUCACUCCCACCCCUGUCCCCAAAUACUGCAGGAAAGACAAGCAACAGUAGAGUUCUUUACAACUUUAGGAAGGGAUAGAAUCUAGAAACACAGACAUAGUAGGUCAUUUGCUGCUCUGUCCUGCUGGCUUGGAAUCUCAAAGAUGUUGACAUGGACACUAAGCAUUGGUAUUCCCUGCCUCCAUUUCCAAAUCCCAAGCCUGAUAGAAAUCUAGACCUACUGCACAUCCACCAUCAGGGGUAUUCUAUAAUAUACCCUCUUGGGGGACCAACCCCUCGAUUCAGAGUGGUACGAGCUGAGAUGGAAUCUUGGCUCUGCUCACUACCUGAGACCUGAUAAAGUCAUCCAUGACCUCUCCCGGAAAGGGGUAAAAAUGUAGGCACAAAACCUUACCAUCUGGCCACCAACAGUCACAUAUACUAUUCCGGCACGACUUACACACAGACAUCCAGGUUGGGGUCUCCUAGGCCUUCUUUCCCUUGGGGUGGUGAUAGCUCUUCUCAGUAAACCAUCUCCCAUUCCUGUUCUGAACACCCUGGAAACUCCUUCACCCUCAGUAGUUCCUGAAAGCCUCACUUCAUAAAACUCACCGCCAUCGGUGACUGGUGACGUCCCUGGGACACUGGCCAUCAGAGCCUGCCUUGACUUGCUGAGUACAAUUCUUGCUGUAACCACAUCCCAUCCACCCAACGUAACAGGCAGCUAUGAAGGGAAGCAAUAGGCCUUAACAUCCAGGUCAGCUUACUGCCCCACUAAGCCCUACUAUUCAAUAAACAAUGUACCGGGCUCUACACAUUUUUUAAAUCUCCAAGAAAGACCCUAUCUCUGCUCUGGGGAAAGACACAAGCUAGUUCAUAGAGUGAAGACAUAAAGUAGUCUCAUGUCUAAGUCCCAAGUGAAGGUCAAGAAGGCCAACCUUUUGGUGUACCAAGUGUUGGAAUUCACAUGGUGUAGGCAAAGAAUGGCAGAACACGGAAGUUGCAUCCUAAGAUGAUAGCUAGGAUAGAGGAGGAAAUAGCCAACUUCUCUUUAAAAAACGAGGGGACAAAACCCAACACAUAAAAACUCUGUUAAGAUCUUAUCUAAGAGUACUACUGAAAGACCAAGCUUAGACUUCUCUGUCUGUACCUCUCCCUCAUUCACUCAUCCUAGCUAAGGUUCCUACUAGAAGAGGUCUGUCUAUCACAUGGACAGGUCCGCAAACAAGGAUUUGGAGCUCCACACGCCUUGAUCAAGCUUGGUAGUAAUAAUCACAGUUGGUAUUUGAUGCAGCAUUUGAAAGGCUCUGCUUUCUGUCUUUCAUCUCGCUGAAUUCUCACAGCUUUGAGAGGUAGAUAACGUCUACAUUUACCAUUCCCAUUGCCCAGAUGGAGAAGCUGGCUUUGGCAUGGUCCUAGACGCCUCGCCAAAUGUCAGAGGCAGGAUUCACACCUGGUUUCUUGACUCCAAGACCAACACUGUUGGUUGGACACUGUACGACUCUGCCUUUGCUCUCACUUUGGAAAAAUGAGUUCCACUUGUUGGUGGAACAAACACGUUGGAACUGACUUAAUAGUGUUUUGUUUUUUAAAAUUUCUGAGUUAAGAAAAACUGGCAUUUAUUAACUUACAGUUUUAGAACUCACUGCUAUUUCAAAUCAAAAACACAAACAAAAAACCUCUUUUACACGAACAGUAAGUAGUGUGUGUUUUCAAUUCCUGAACCAUGCCUACGUUUGGGCACAUCCCUAUCUGUCAACUGGAAAGUGUCCCACUUUCUACGCACGGCUCACAUCAACGUGUCAGAGUUAAUUUUAGCCUUAGCCAGGUACUCUAGCAUUACAUAUUGGAAGAACAAUUUUCCAGCAUGGUUUAUUGCUGAAUUAACAAUACUAAAUACCAGUCAUUAGCACUCCAUGAUCUAGCCCAAGUCUACUUUACUUGGCAAACAGGACUGGACAUGUGUCAUCAUGCAUACACACUUCAAGCCUUGCCUCCACACACAAAAAGAGGCCAAACCAUGGGUCGAGAGCUCAAAAAAUGGGCCAUUUUGGUUUUAGCGUCAAUUGUAAUCAUUCACGUAAAGACAAACAAGCCAGACGAUUUCUACUUAAGCCAAAUGGCCUUAGAGGCACUUCUCCCUGACCCCACCCCAUACACACAUCCACACAUCCACACAUCCACACACACACACACACACACGGAUCACAGGCAUGUUUUCUUCCUUUAUAACCAAUACUAUGAUAGCUACGGGGCUAAACUAAAAAAAAAAGUUGUUUUUAUUUGUUUUCUAAACUUGAAGUGUUUUCUCACAGCACUUGCAUCUGAAAUACAGAAACCCAAAAUGCUCAGACAUGAGGCUGCUCGGUCGGCGAAUCAGCUAAGCUGGGACGACAGCACUCUUAAUUUUCCUUUUUACAAACCAAUCGCUGUAAUUUUCAUGGUAUUUGUUUAUAUUUUGUACAUAUAUGGAAAUGACCUGAUUUCAAUGGUGUUUUAAGGUUUUCAGAAAUUGCUAGUUGGCACUACCUACCACACAGAAGCUAGUAAAUAUUUUAUAUGUCAUGUUACCAACAAUCCAAUAAACAAG